ACUUUUUUCUCUCUGCAUCAAUCAUCCAAGCCUUAUUUUCACACACGGACAGUAACCAACACCCAAGCGGGACAUACUGACAUCCUACUACAAUGGACGUUUUUGGGCCCUCCAUACUAAGAGACCCACAUUUCAUGGGUGAGCCAGAGGUUCAGAUCUUCGAGCAGCCCAAACAGAGAGGCAUGAGGUUCAGGUACAGAGUGGAGGGUCGCUCUGCUGGAAGUAUCCCCGGAGAGAAAAGCUCAGAAAAUAACCGCACUUACCCCAGCAUACAGAUCCUGAACUACUGCGGUAAAGGGAAGGUGCGCGUAUCCCUGGUGUCGAAGAGUGAACCGUACAAACCACAUCCUCACGACCUGGUGGGAAAAGACUGUAAAGACGGCAUCUACGAGACAGAGUUUGGACCGGACCGAAGAGUCAUCGCUUUUCAGAACCUGGGCAUUCAGUGCGUGAGGCGACGGGAGGUGAAAGACUCCAUCGUCCAGAGGAUCACCAGAGGAAUCAACCCCUUUAACGUUCCCAGAGAGCAGCUGCUGCAGACAGAGGAGUACGACCUGAAUGUGGUGCGUCUGUGUAUCCAGGUUUAUCUGCAGGAUGAGAACGGACAGUACACCAGAGCUCUGAUGCCUAUUGUCACCAAUCCAAUCUAUGACAACAGAUCUCCAAACACAGCAGAGCUGAGGAUCUGCAGAGUUAACAGGAACACUGGAAGUGUCAAAGGUGAAGAUGAGAUCUUCCUCCUCUGUGACAAAGUGCAGAAAGAUGACAUCGAGGUGCGUUUCUUCUCAGCAGACGGAUGGGAGGCUAAAGGUUCAUUUUCGCAGGCGGAUGUUCACAGACAGGUGGCAAUAGUGUUCAAAACCCCAGGGUAUUAUAAUCCGUCCAUCACUGAGGCAGUGAUGGUGCAGAUGCAGCUCAGGAGGCCGUCGGAUCAGGAGGUCAGCGAACCCAUCGACUUCAGAUAUCUGCCCGACGAUAAAGAUCCAUAUGGCUACAAUGAGAAGAAACGCAAAAAAGAAAACCUGAUGAAGUUCGCCACACUUCAGUCACACGUGAAUUCUUAUAGUUUGAACAGACCAAUGGCAACAGCUUCUAAAAGUCUACGGAAAGAUGUGGGUAACAUGUACAUCCGUCAGCAGAUCGCUUCAAUGCACCAGCAGCAGCAGCCUCCUCCUACUCAUACUUCGAUCUUCGGCUCAAAUUUCCACUCCCCUUCUACUCUCCAGACCCUCCCCCCUUCUCCGUGGCCUAGCUCCAGUCCCUCCAAUAUCCCAAUGGAUUCUGUCACCAUCAACCAGGGAUCUGUUAAAGCCUCCCUACAACGCAAUCUAUGCACACAAGUCAACCACCCAAACCAAAAUCCCUCUCUUCCACAGCUGUCCAUACAGGAUUUGGACUCACAACUUAACCAAGGUGUUUCACAACCUCUGUACCAUCUACCGCAACGAGACGUAAUCAUGACUGAAAACCCACCUGUCAAUCAAAACCAAACCGUCCAGAUGCAAUGGCCAACAUUUAGCAGCCCCAACCCAAUUCAGAGUGGCUUUGACGGGGCAGUUCCAGGAGGGGGAGGUGGGGUCAGUGAUGGAGGUGGUUCAACUGGUCUUGGGUUUAACUUUUUAGAGCAAUUCGAUGGGGACAACUUGUUACAAAAUUUAGUUGGAGGAUCGCAAAGUGCUUUCCCAAUGAAGCAAGAACCGCAAACGUUAGGGCAAGAUACUGCAAUGCAUUCGCCAAGAGAAAAUAGCACCUAUACAACUUUGCAGCCUUCUCGUUCCAGUAGUAAUGGGGCUAUGGGAGUAGAUAUUAGUAGCAACCAGCCUCUAAAACAUCUGGCAAAUCCAUAUUCAAACAGCAAUAGUGCGCAGCCAGGCACACAUUACGCUACACUGGAAGACUGGUUAAAGUCCAGUCACAAUAAUCAAUAACAAAUGGGUUAAAAUUUAAAUACACUGGUCUGAUCAUGGUAUUUAUCUUUGGGAGGUGCAAAGUCUAUAUUGAAGGUAUUAGGCUUUUUGCAGCAAGACAACAGAAUUUCGUCAAGCUGUGCUGGAAAAGCAAAACUGGUGAAAAAAUAAGGCUUUUGAACAGGGUUCAGUGCUCCCCUUUGCACCAAUACAGCUUUUUAUUUCGGAUACCGAUAUCAAUACUUGAUACUUUAGUAUCUUAUGAUACCCAAUAUUAACAGAGGCCAGCAUAGGCAUUUUAUUUACAUCAAAACACAGUUGACUCGCUACAAAAUUUAUCCAGUUGUGUUAUUCAUCCAACAAGUAACUAUUGAACAGCUUUGUAUGAAUACAAAUUCAAACAUUAUGAAACACCAGCAUCUGCAUGUAAAUGGUUUUAUUACAACCAAUAAACUGCCCAAUCAGGAUACUGGUUCAACCAAUAUCAUGGGACUAAUAUCUGAUCAACCGAUAUUCGAUAUCGGUGCAUCCCUACUUUCCUAUCAAAACUAUCAAAACUAACUAGGUUUAUUAGAUUGAGAGAAAACAAAUUAUGGGCAUAUAUUAUGAAUUAUCUACAUUUCUAGAUCAAUUAUUUAACUUUAGCAAUAGCAGAGAAUGCAACUAAAGUACUUUUAAUCAGGCAAAAACAAAAGCUUGUACAUUUAGAUUUUUAAAUACAUUUUUAACUAAAUAAAGGCUGAACAUUUGGUGACUGAAGGCGUCUAGAUAAUAGAAUAUUUACAAAUAAAAUGUAUUAUGGAUGAAAAACAUAAUUGUUUAUUAUUUUUUAAAGAAAGUUAAUCUGACUUCUUUUGACAUUUUGAUUUAAUAAUACCACUGUCUUUGUUAUAAAAGACAUGUGGUUUAACAUCUGUAUAGUUGAGAUAACGAAGAUCAAAAUAUGAUUAUUUUAGUAAUCAACUAGUGGUGACUAUUCUGAUCAUUCUUUGCAGCCCUAGUAACAAAUGCAUGGAGAUUUGGUCACUGAAAUGAUCAGAACAAGUCUGACGAGGGAUGGAUUUAAAAACCGAUCUGGGAGAUCACCAGACAUGAAGCAGGGGGAUUGAGCACUGAGAGAGAGACAGCUUAAAUAUGGAGGAUCACUCAAACACGUGCGAAUGAAACAAAACACAUCUCCAAAGGUUUACUUUAAUAGGACCUUGUUAUAUAAUAAUGCCUUAACCGUAAUAUGAUUUACAAAGGCUAGUCAGAGCCUCUCAAAGCCUCUGUGUCAUUAUUCAUUCACUCCACACUCGGAGCUGUUAAGCUGCUGUUGUAGCCAUAGCUGCCCUGGGGCGCUGACGCAAGUGAAGAUGCCAAUUUACCAAGCUGUCAAUUACCACCAAUCACUCACGUUUAUACUUACCCACAUUUAUACUAGGGCAGUGUUUCUCAAACGGGGGUACGCGAGCCUCCUCAGAUGGUACUUGGACAGCUCUUUAGUUUGUGGCUUUGCCUGACUUAGAGUUAAUUUUAUCCACUUUUUGUCCUCUUUUGGAUAAUUUAUUGUUUAGAACUACAGUGGAAAUAAUGUAGCCCACUUUUAGACCUGGUUUAGGCCUAGAUAAGACCUGGACUACAGAUUGACUUUAGAUCUAGUGGUACUUGGAAAAGCCAGAUCUUUUCUUUGGUGGUACUUGGUGUGAAUAGUUUGAGAGACUCUGUACUAGGACAAUGUAGUUGAAGUGUCUUGCCCAAGGACAUAACAACAGAAGUAGUCUUUAGUGGGAAUUGAUCCUCUGACCUUUGGGUUGGUGGGCAAGUAUUCAACUAUUGAUACUUUGCUUUGUGACACACACUGGGGGAGUUCUGCAAACAAACACUGGUUAAAAAAAAAAAAGUUUUAAGAUUGUCUGAAAACUCGAAAAACAAAUGCAAAAUGGAUUUAAACAACUAGUUUUCAGAAACCUGUGAUCAGUACGAUUAUUCAUAGUCCUGUGAUUUUUAACAAAAAAAAGGUGAGAGUGACUACCUGAAAAACAGUGCAAAUGUAAUUUUCUGUGAGAGGGACUUAACAGCACAAAUCAUCCCACCUGCUGGAAGUUCCAGAUAAGUCAGCUCUUGAGGUUUUUUUUUUCUUUUUUAAAGAGACAGAAGUGCCUACAGUUAGCAUCACACCCUCAGGGUAUGCUGAUGCCAUCACCUGGAAAGUAUCAGUAGUGUUUCAAUCUGUGAUAUGGUGUAUAUGGUACUACUUUUUUCCCGUGGACACAAUCAGAAUAAGACAUCCAUUGUAUCCAUUUGUUUUUAAAGAAAUAUCACUGGAGGAAAUGUGUUUAUUUUCUGCCCCGAACAAGUGAAUGUACUACUGAUGCUCAGGUCUGACUGUAGACUGUUUCGUUCUCUUGUGGGCACUGGUUUGGAUAUAAUAUAAUGAAUUUUAAUGAUCUGUUUUAUUGAUUUAUUUGUUUUUUUAGUAAAGACUUAUACAUGUUUCUUUUUUUGUGACGCACUCUUAAGCCUUAUUUUAGAGGUGGGCGAUCUGCAGUGUCAAGAUAUAUUCCAAGAUAAAUAUAAACAUGUAUUAAGUUUACUGUCUCCACAAUACGAAAACUCAAAAAGACAUAUACUGGCAGGUUUUAGCGCAUUUAUGGACAGUAGGGCUGCAAGAUUAUUCACAACCGAACUCACAAUUUGAAUGAAUGCAAUUAAGAAAUUACAAAACCGGUAAUUGUUGAAGUACCAUAAUUUCCUCCAUAAACAACAAAAUCUCCUGACUUAUUCUGCAUAAAAACUGCUAAUCCUGUAGUUAAGAUCUGUUUGUUAGUUCAUAUUUCAGUUUUUUUGUCAUUUAAAAUGUGAACUUUGGACAGAAUCCUAUUAAAACAAAUCGUGAAUCUAAUCACAAUCACAGUGUUGUCAGAUAUUUUUCCGAAAUUGUUCAGCCCUAAAGGACAGCAAAAAAUACCACUGCUUUAUAAAAAAAAAUCCCAAAUGUAUCGAGAAUUAUAUCUGUCACUGUCGCCCACCUCUGAUUAGAGCUGAAACGUGGACGCUCUGAAACAGCGCAGUUCUGAUUUCCAUUGAUAAAGUGGAGGAGGCUUUGUCUCUGUGUAGUGACUAUGUCAUAUCUACAUCACUGUUCGGGCCCUCAGAUUUAUAACACACUGAGAUAUGAAAUGUUGACCUUAAAUAAAUCAGUUAUGUCACCUUUUCCAUUUAUAAUUUUUUUGUUAAAUGGACAUUUUCAUUUUUAAGGCACUGUACCUGAUUGUUCCCAUGUAUUUGAGCAAAAUGUGUCUUGGUUCAGUACAGUAAUAUCAUAUAAGCAGCUCUUGAUGUUAAAAUAAGUCUGCUGUGUACUGUCUGUGUCUAAGAAGAAAGCGUUUUAUUAUCUAAUAACUCGGAAGUGCAUGUUAGCUAGCUAGUUGUUGUUGUUAGCUUUACCGUCACAGAAAACUUUUGUGAAAAGUGCUUAUAUGCUCAUUGUGGAGAAUAAUUGAGAUGCUCAGAAGGUAUGAGUCAAGUGUGGAAUAACUUUGACCCACUGCAAACUGUUUAAAUGAACUAGUUCAGUUUUUCACAUUUUUAAGACAAAUCAGGUACAGUGCCUUUAAAUAGAUUAGCUUCAAAUCAAAAUUAUUUGCUUCAGAUUGACAUAAAAUAUUUAAAUGGAAAAAGUGACAUCAUAUAUCCAAAGGUGCACUCAACACAUGUAACUUUGCUGUUAGAGGGCAUACCAUCUACUUGUCUCCAUGGAGAUGUUAUUGUUUUGCCUGGAAUAUUCCACAGUAUGGCAUUAAAUUUAUCUCUUACAAUGGAGAUGUGCAGGCUACACCACUAGACCAAGUUACAGGUCAGAUCUGUGGAAAGGCAAGCUGGCUUCACAGUAUUUUUAGGAAUUAAGACAAUUGAAUGCGUGCAAGAUAGUUUAAGGCCAUACUGUGGAACAUUCUAGUGCACCUUUAAGGCCAACGUUUACUGUUUUGAGUGAAUAUUUUGUGCAUUUAUUUCUUUGUCUGAGGAGCACUUUUCUGUGCACCUGCUGUCAUCACUUUUAUUACAAUAUUAAUUCAGUUUAUAGAAGAUUGUGUCAUGUUGUGAUAAUAUGUUGUAAAAUAUUUAGAUUUUGUACUGGUUCAUUUGUUAAUAAAGUUUUUCGCACAC